AAGUAAUUAUUUGGCCGCGGCUUAGUUCAUUUACCCUCGAUAAACUGGAGAACAAUGGAGUUCAUUGUGCAAAAUCAUGCAGUCUGAUUCAGAAUCACAAGCUCUAUCUGUGUGACCAAAUCUAGCUCAAAAGAAUCUCCAGGAAUCGGAUAGCUCUGUGUGAAGCAACCUCUAAAUAUGCUGAGGCUUGUGACUCGUCUACUGGUUGGCAGCUGUCUCCUAGCAGCAGUGGCGCUGAGGGCAGAGCCUACCAACCACUCACUACCCUCCCCUCAUAUUGAUGCUGCAACAGCCACAGUGUGGAGCUGUUGUUCAUUGGUGGGAGUAUCAUACCUUCAAGAGCUCUACUCUAAUGGAGACAACCACCGUCUAGAGGUCCUUCACUCGAGCGCCACCUCUGAGGCUGUCACGGUCGAAUUCAUCACCUCUAUAAGUAGCUCUCCUGAACUCGAGCAAAUGGGACUCAGAAAUUGUACUCUACUAGCGAAAAUGGAGGAUCUAAUCGCGUCAGAGCUAGCCAGGAACUGGCACACUUUGAAACACCAUGUUCAAGAUGAUUUUAGACUACCGGAUAAACUCAGAGGUGUGAUAAAUAGGCAGAAGACAUCGAUAGAGGAAUUUGAGCACAAUGUUCUGAGACGAAGUGUUUCCGGUGGUGAUGAUGAUAAGUGUCCUGAGGGCGUAUGUGACAAGGAGAUAUCGAAAGAAAAAGAUGACUUCGAUGUUGGAGAAUUGUUUAAACAAUAUCACAAUCUCUCAUCCUUGUACCACUGGUACCAGAGGUUGUCUGAAGACUACCCUCACAUCGUGACCCUCAACAAGACCAUCGGGAAGACCUACUAUGAGAGAGAGAUUAUUGCACUCCACUUCACCGAUAGGAACGAACAGAGAAGCAAACCAAAGAUCUACCUACAAUGCUUGCUGCAUUCAAGAGAGUGGAUCAGUGGUAGUGUGUGUAUGUACCUGUCCUACCGACUAGCCACACCACACCCCUCAGACAUUACACUACUCAGACUACUGAAGGAGGUGGAGUUUGUCAUUGUGCCAGUGGCCAACCCUGACGGAUAUUAUGCAACGUGGGUUCAGUAUCCGAAGUACCGACUGUGGAGAAAGAACGUGCAGCCGCUGGAAGGCUCGGAGUGUGCGGGGGUGGACCUCAACAGGAACUUUGACAGCCAUUGGGACCAGGACACGUACAGUCAAUCUGAUGACCCGUGCAGUGAGUUGUACCAUGGUCAUGUGGCUGGGUCUGAACUAGAGGUGCAGGUACUCACGGCCUACAUCAAGUCAUUGGGGAGAGUGGUUGGAGCCAUUGACUUCCACUCGUACCAUCAGAAAAUUCUGUACCCUCCAGCGUUUAGUGGGGAGGAUGUCGGUGAUCUGAGCGUGAUACAGGAGGCCGCUGAGAGAAUGGCUACUACUGCGAGUGGUGAUGGACAUCUCUACACUCCUCACAAGAUGUACGACCUCUACUCUGCAGCUGGAACAUUCGCUGAUUGGUUGCUGGACUACCGUAAUGACCCUAGUGAACCUGACAGUGAUGACCUGGUACCACUGACAGUGGAGCUGAGACCACGACCCAACAACACCACCACCAUCUACACUGGGUUCUUACUGCCUACCUCAGAGAUUCUACCAACAUGUCGGGAAAUGUAUUCGUCUUUGCUCGUCUUCUCUCAAUUCCUCCUGGAAAAAUCAUCACAAAACAAUGAAUGAACACUGAAUUUACAUAACACUCCCAUUGUACCUUUUAUUUUUUAACGAUCA